AUGCCGGGACCGAAGAGAAAAUACAGUGUUCGUUUCCCACCCGGUCGCAUUAAGAAAAUUAUGCAGAGGGACACCGAAGUGGGAAGGAUUGCGGCUGCCGUGCCUGUUAUUAUAUCUAGAGCCCUUGAGAUGUUUUUGAAAUCUCUCCUGACCAAGACCAGUCAGGUCACCCAGUCAAAGCACAGCAGGGUCAUCUCAGUGGCCCAUAUGAAGCAGUGUAUAGAGACAGAGAAGGUCUUUGACUUUCUGAGGGACCUCGUGGAGCAGGCUUCAGCCCAGUCCUCACUGGGAAAAGGAAAAUGGCCAGCUCACAGGAAAAAAUGGCAGGACAUUUCUAUUAACGCAAAGCAGCAUGAAGCAGCAGAAAGAAUGAAGAGACCCCAGAAUGACUCUUUGGAUGCUGCUGAGCUCUCUGAUGUAGGUAUUUGUUUUGAAGAUGAAUUGGGGAGCUAG